AUGUGGUUUUUGGCAGUUUUCGUAGCAAUUCUCUACUCGCUGUGCGAUGUGAACUAUUUCAUUAGAACGCUGUUCACCGUGCUCCAUGUGACGCUGGUUCCCGGAAAGCCUAAAGUAACAGCCAAGCAUACGAUCUACGGAUUCUGCACCACACAGGAUGUCGAUUUUCUGCUCAACCACAUGAACAACGGUCGGUAUCUGCGCGAGCUGGACUUCUGCCGGUUCUACUGGUACGGCCGGACUCGCUUCUGGCCGCUCGGUAACGCCAAGAACCUCCUGCAGGGCGGGUGCAUGGUGCGGUACCGGCGUAUGCUGCCCAUCUUCAAGGCGUACAAGGUGGAGACGCAGCUCAUCUGGUGGGACGAGCAGUCGAUCUACUUCGAGCACAAAUUUAUUACGCUGCACGACGGUUUCGUCCGAACAGUGGCCUACACGCGCCAGCGCGCCAUCGACACCAAUAUGCUCGAGUACGUCCAGCAGUUCCCUGAGUGUCGCGAGCGACCGGAACAACCGGCGGUGCUGAAGGGCUGGAUCGAAUCGAACGACGUGAGCAGUCGGGAGCUGCGGAAGUGAGCAUGAAAAACUCCCCGAUCACACCUUCCGUGAUCGCGGACCGGCGGCGAUCGUAGGGUUUUUGUUUUGUGUGCUUUCCCUUCUCUUCGAAGUUCGCUUGCGCGUGUGUGUUGUGCACCCCGCGAAACACACACACCACAGACCAAUGGAAAGCGACUCGCGAUCAAGUUUUCGUGGCAGAAGAGUUUGUGCAGUCGCAUAACAAACGAUCGCUGGAUCUUGCAAGACGUACAACGUAUCGCCAGAUACAGAAAACAAUAGUGUAAAGUGUCGUGAUUUCACCUCG